AUGUUACUUUCCUUUCUUUUUGCUAUUACCUUUCUGUCUUCUCUAAUUCCUAAUUUCUUCCUUUUUCACCUUUCUGAUCUUUCUUAUUUUCUCUAUUUUUCAUUCUGUCAAUUUCACCAAUUCCUUCUUAACUUGUUUUUCAUUUGCUUCUCUCUUUUCUGUUCCUAUAAUAACUACAACUUCUCUCUUUCUUUCUUCAUUCUCACCUUUUUGUUCCUUUUCUUAAUUUUACACUUUCACAAUUUUGUCAAUUUUUUCUUUCUUGCUUUUCUUUUUUGCAAGUUCUCCAAUUUUCUUCCUUAUAUUUUACUUUCUUUUUUCCCCUCCCCUUUUCUAUUUUUUGUUCUUACUUUCUUUUUUCACUUUAACAGUUUCUUUAAUUCCUUCCUAACUUCUUUCUUUCUUAUUUUCAUUUGUAACAAUUUCUCCAAUUCUUUCCUAACUUCUUUCAUUUUUCUUCCUCUUUUUUACCUUUUGAUUUUUCAUUUUUAUUACUUUGAAAAUGGAUCUCUUUUUUCUUUACUUCUUUUUCUUCACAUUUUCAUUCUCUUAUUUUUCCUUCAAUGCUUACUCUUUUUUGCCUUUCUUUUCAUCUAUUCUACUUUUUAUAUUUACAAGGAAAAACAGAUAUCUUUUUUCCUUGUAUUUUCUUUUUUUAUUUAUUUUUCUUUACGUUCCUCUCUUGCUAUCAUUCCUUUUUUUUCCUUCCUUUCACUUCCUUUCUUUUCUUUUCUUUCACUCCUCCCAAAGAGCUACUUUUUUCUUUUCAAUAUUUUUCUGUCAGGAUUUAUUCACACAUUUUCCUUCCUUACAAUAUUUCCUUUUUUUUUUUUCCCAGAGCUUUAA